CAGCAAGAGGGAAGGACCCCAGCCCUACAGUGACGCUGGCCGUCUGCUGGCAGGAUGGGCCCGGCCGCAGGCAAUGAGUCGGGGACCCUGGAUUUCGUGCUGCUCGGGCUGUGGGCCCCGCCGGCCCUGCGGCCCUUGCUGUGGACGGCGCUGCUGCUGGCCUAUCUGGCCACCGUGCUGGGCAACGGCGCGCUGGUGGGGCUGAUCGCGCUGGACCGGCGGCUGCAUAGGCCCAUGUACCUCCUGUUGUGUCACCUGGCGCUGCUGGACGCGGCCUAUGUGAGCACCACGCUGCCCCAGGCGCUGGCGCACAUGGCCUCGCGCCGCGCCCGCCUCUCGCUGGCACGCUGCGGGGCGCAGCUCUACGUGGGCAUCUCCCUGGGCAGCUGCGAGGCGCUGCUCCUGGCCGCCAUGGCCCUGGACCGCAGCUUGGCGGUGUGUAGGCCCCUGCACUACACCAUGCUGGUGACCCCUCUGCGCUGCGCGGCGCUGGCUGGCGCCGCCUGGACGCUGGGCUUCGCGCUGUCGGUGCCCAACGCGGCGGCCGCGCUGCGCCUGCCCUUUUGCGCUGGGAGGCCGGCCGUGGACCACUUCUUCUGCGAGCUGCCCGCGGUGCUGCGGACGGCGUGUGCAGACACCACCGCCAACCACAGGCUCAUCUAUGGCCUGGGCGUGCCCAUCCUCCUGGUGCCCCUGACCUUCAUCCUCGCCUCCUACGCCUCGAUUCUGGCCGCAGUGGGCAAGUUGCCUUCCGCCAGGAGCCGCCUCAAGGCCCUGUCCACCUGCAGCUCACACCUGGCGGUAGUGGGGCUCUUCUACGGCACGGUAAGUGCCAUGUACCUGCGCCCGCGCGCCUCCAGUGCCCUCCCUGCCAGGCAGCACAAGCUGGUGGCCGUUUUCUACCUCGUGGUCACGCCCGUCCUGAACCCGCUCAUCUACAGCCUUCGGAACCGCGAGGUCCACGCAGCAGCCCGCUCUGCCCUGGCCCGGCUGCGGGGCGUCCGCGCUGCGCGGCGCUGACAGCCAGGCUGGUGACCGGCCUCCCAGCCUCUGCCCACUCCUCGGAAUUGGACCGGGCCUGGGUGUCUUCGCUUCUGUCAGCUUUGGCUGCUGCGACUUCGACCCCUUAGCUGGAGAGCAGCCGAGACGACAGGAGCGGGCAGCUGGGUUCCAGAACCAGAAACUUCCGUUGGUGGAUACCAGAAUCCGAAUUUUAUCUCAUAUUCGUGGGUCACAAAAUAUUAUUCUUCUGUGGAUUUUUUUCAACCCUUUGAAAAUACAAAAGUCAGUUUUAGAUAGCAGAGCUGGGCGCGUAAACCCUGAUGGGCGGCCAAGACGGAUUAUUGUCAGGAUUAAAUAAAUAAGGUGUCUCUGCU